UUCAAGAUCAGCAACUAUCUGGCACUGUUAGAGCUGUCGACUAAAUCAUUAAUGCAGUAAUCCCAUUACAUGGAGGAUAACUGCUUAGCUUCAAGCUUUCGCUAGCUUGAAGCUAACGGAGGCUAACUCGGUCGAUUAACAGAAAUUCAAAUGGGCAACUAUUUUGAUUAAUCGUUGUACUUUUUUUUAAGUAAAACGGCGAAAUAGUUAUAUUUCUAGCUUCUCAAAUGGUGAUGGGGCCAGACAGUGUCCCAGGUCCAGCUGUGCCCUGGCAGAAGGUUCUGUGGGAGCGCCAGCCGUUCCCUGAUAACUAUGUGGACCAGCGGUUCCUGGAGGAAUUAAGGAGGAAUGAGGGCCUCCGGCAGUACUGCUACUGGGCUGUGGUGAAAGAAGCAGGCUUUGUGGGACAGCAGCUGUCCUGUGUGGCCAUUUUCAUCACCCUCUGGCUCUACAUGGAGCAGGGUCAACUGUCACCUGAGAUGCUGUUGUCGACCGGCCUUAUCUGUGCCCUGCUUGGGUACGGACUGCACCAGUCCUUGACAUCUCAGGUUGAAUCAGGCUGUGAGCCCCGUACCCGUCUGGCUGACUUACAGAGUGCCACUAUUUUUCUUUCCUUCACCUUUGGCUUCUCGCCGGUUCUGAAGACACUAACAGAGUCCGUGAGCACGGACACGGUGUAUGCCAUGUCUGCUGUGAUGCUGCUGGCGCACCUGGUUUCGUUCCCUUACACCCAGCCCUCACCCCCGGGCAGCCUCUCCCUAAAUGCAGCUCUGUUUGCCUCUGUGUGUUUAGCCUCAAGGUUGCCCGGGGCUCUGCACACCUUUGCCAUGCUCAGCUGUGCCCUGCUGGUGUUUGCCCUGUGGCCGUGUCUGUUGCAGAGGCUGAGGGAGAAUGCCCCCAACCAAUUUACUGGGGUGUGUGUGGGAAUGUGUAUUGGAGGGGUGGGAGGCCUGGGCUCCCAGUCGCUUGGUGGAGCCGUGCUGCUGGCCCUGGCCCUAGGAAGUGUUACAUUACUCUGUCCCUUAUUACUAGUCAGGCUGCAGAGGCACAAGGACAACAUACAUGGACCCUGGGAUGAGGCUGAGAUUCAUGAGGAUCUCAGCUGCUUCCUUCAGAGCGGUGCUCGUGACCAAACAGACAUUUAAGGUGUAAGCCAUCUGAGAAUUUCAUAUGAAUUAAUUUACUGUCAGUCUAAGUAUUAUGUUGGUGCUGUACAUCUAAAAUGAUUAAAAUGUUAACUCUUUUAUCAUUGAUCCUCAUCUGUUUGGACAGCCAUGACAACUUGUUAUACUCUUGCAGAGAAUAUGAAGAUGUUCUAAUGUUCAAGCUCUUACUAUCUUACACAUUUUGACCUCAGGAUUUGUAUGAAAGUAAUCAACUAAUGUGCAAUGCUGACUUACAUUACUGGGCAUACUCCAAUGCUAUGCACCAAUUUGCUAUCAGUGAUGUUUUAAUAAUCUGGCAGAUGUUGGUUUAUGGUUGUGUACAAUAUGUUGCUGGUGUCGUGUGUGAAUGGAAGGAUGUGUAGUGUUUAAUACAGUGGCUUGGUUGUGAACAAGGGCUCUAACUCCAUUGCAAACUACUGUACAUUUAAAUUAAAUAUUAAUAGUAGACUUUUAAGAUUUUAAGGGUUUUUUCAUUAAAAGAUACCUCAUCUUUUCUUUUCUA